UGCAAAUUUGAGUUUUAGUUUCAGUUCAGCAGUGCGUCGCAGUAAACGUUCAAUUCGCGUCGUUAAAGUUCUCGUCGCAGCAAGCGAAUUCAAAAUGACGUCACUCAAGGCAAGCAAGUUGAUCGUAGCAAUCGUGAUUGCAAAUUUUAUGCUCGAAUGCUACUCUCAAGACCUGGGAAAAAUACCGGAAAUCGAGCAGUACAAACUGCACUGUAUCGAAUGGAGUCAAAUCACCGAAUCUUCGGCCAAGAAGCUCCGCGAUGAAGAAGAACCCGCCAACCCUACUCAAUCGAUGAAGUGCUACGUGCAAUGUUUCUUCCAAAAGUUGCGAUUCAUGAACGAGAAAAGUGAACUCCAAAAGGAUAAGAUAGUCGGUUUCCUAUCGAAGGCAAUGGAGGAAGCCAAGGCCAAGAGUUUGUAUGAAAAAUGUCUGGCUCGAAGGACCAACCCCUGCGAUACGGCUUACGACAUGUUCAUCUGCUACCGGAAGAACAAGGCAAAGCUGUUUUAGUUUGUUGAAAUCCAUUUUGUUACAAUGUCACUAGAUUUAAGUCAUAUGAAAUAAAUCGAAUGAUUUGAUUACUCGCAUAUGUAUGUAGAAAAA